CAGAGUUGUUGUUGUUAUGGCAACACUGAGGACGCGGCGAGGAGUAGGCCGCAGAUAGUUACAUAUUACAGACCGAUGAUCAGAGCCGGAGACCCGGGGAGGAGACGUGUGCUGCCGGCUAUUAGACCCGUCUCUCGCUGGCUGCGCCUCCCCAGCUCUCUUUACAUCCAGCGUGAGGAUGCUUAAGGCAAAGGUCCUGGUUGUUGGCCCUAGUGAGUGUGGAAAGACUGCCUUGGCAAACUUUAUAGCGGAUGCCACAGAAUAUAUUGGUGGGGAAUAUAGUCCAACUCAAGGUGUAAGAAUAUUAGAAUUUGAAUGUCCAAGUGUUAAUGGGAACAAGGGACUCGGAUGUGAAGUUGAACUGUGGGACUGUGGAGGCGAUCACAAGUUUGAGAGUUCCUGGCCUGCCCUAAUGAAAGAUUCCCAUGGGGUAAUCAUUGUUUUUAAUGCAGACAUUCCAAGUCACCUGAAAGAAAUUGAAAUGUGGCACAUUAACUUUAUCCAACAACAGCGAUUACAAGACAGCCAGUGUCUUCUGAUAGCACAUGUCAAGCCAGGAUCAGGUGAUCAGGCAGAGAGGCCACAUUUAUCUUCAGCGCUAGCCAAAUUAACACUUGUAUAUUCCAAUCUCGAAGAGGACCCAGAGGAUGUAAGAAAGGAAUUUGUAAAAUAUCUACAAGGUGUCGUCAGCUCAUUAUCAGAGAGCAGAGACCGGGAAGAGAUGUCUAUAAUCACAUAACAUUGCACUGACGCCAGAGGCGCACGUCUGUUAAUGACGAGUUUCAGUAGUAAAGCCCAGGCUUUGCUUAGCACAUAUUUAUAGCAAAGGAUUUCUCAUUAUAUUAAAAGUCUAUGUUUGUAUAAUAAAUUUAAACUGUUUCCACAAUGGUAUACGUCAAACAUAUUUAGUGUACCAGAAACACUACUGUACAAAACCUUUACUUCUUCUGCUGUGUACAGCAGGGUCCAGCUAAGAUACAUUAGUAAAUAAAAGUAAACAUUAUGUGUAA